UGAGAUUGUUAACAUGAAUAUGGCGUCAAACAGUCACGACAAACUAAGAAUAAAGUAAUUGAUAUCAGUAUUUCUCUAUGAAAUUGAAGGCGAUUAUUAUUAUCUUAUCUCAAAUAAACACAUAUUUACUUAAUGUUACCGUAAAGCAGGAGCUUGGAGUAGUCGCCAGCUUUCCUUGGUGAAUAUCCGAGAUUAAAUAAACCCACAGAACGAUAAACAAAGCCGCCAUACUUGUUCGAUACGAAUAAUUCUUUCGACUUCCUUUCAGUCUAUCAUGCCAUUUCAUUGUCAAACAUUUGUCAUUCGCCAUAAGUUUAAAGUGACAAAAAGUCAGGUUUAAUCACCACAGCAAUAAUCCCACUAUGGCGGCCAUGAGGCCCCAGGUCGGGAACGACCUAGACUCUUACACAAGCCCGCUGACCGAACAUCGCGGGCCAACAGCCAUACUGGCGCAACCUCUUUUCCUUUCUGUUUACAUGCAUUACGAAUCAGAUGGAAGAUACAGGUAUGGUGCGUAACAAUAUCCUACGCUACAGUGAGUGCAGAUUAACUGAAAAUGUAAAACAUACUCUGCACAAGUAAAGAGCAAUGCGGACUGGUAACAAAAAUAUCAAAUGCAUGAAUGUAUGGCAAGGCACAAUGAGGUGGGGCACACAUACAUGGCUAUGGUAACGGGUGAUACAAGUGUGUGUACACAUGGAUACAUACACACGAGUGAUGGCAUAAAGGGUCAUAUGGUGUGGCUACCAGUGUACAUACACAGGGGUUACAUACACAGUGUGAUGACAUACAUGGUUACGUAGUGUGAUUACAGGUGUAUAUACAUGACUACAUAACACUAGCAUACAUGGCUACCGGCGGUACCAUGUAUGGGGUUGGGGGUGACCACUUUUUUUUUCUCCUCCUCUACCUUCCCCGCUAGUUGCAAAAAAAAGGAGGCAAGUACAUGCACAAAUGAGUACACAAACAAAAUGAGGCGCAUGAGCGUGGCUAUGAUAAUGUGAUGUGAAAUGCGUGGUAUGUGCUGGUUUACAAUUAUCUGGUUUUGCCAGUGGAACGAAAUAACAAUGAGGUACAGUGUAAAAACAGGGGCACAGAACCAGAUAUGGAGUGUAAGUAUAUGUGUUAACAACACAGCACUGUGUGCAUAGGGAUAGAUGGGACAUGAUAUGAUGCACACAUGUGUGGGGACAUAAAUGCCACAGAGCACAAGGUGUGGAUAUGAACACAGUAUGAGGCAGGACGUGUAAACAAUUGUGUUACUACUAACUUUAGAUAUAAUGAAUACACAUCUGGGCUGGAUAAAAACAUGUGCUGGCAAACAAAAUGUUGUGAGACAGACUUAAUGCAGUACAGAUGUGAAGUGGAAUGUAGGGACAAAAAUAUCCAAAAUGAUAUGAGACUCACCGAAACAGUGGGGUUGAUGCUACAAAACAUGACAAACACAGUGUGAGGGAUACAUAACAAAUGUGAAAAUAAUAUGGAGGGAUACACAAUGUCAGAAACACUAUUACACAAUAAAAGGGGGUGUGAUCCACAAAUAGGCAAAAUAGGGUACAAAAACAGGCAUGGAAACAGAUGUGGGCUGAUAAUAUGCGCACAUGCACCAAGGAUAUGGAAAUACAUCUACAAUGGAGGUGAGCUGGGUGAAACAGGUGAACUACACAUGAUAACAAAAUAUGGAAUGUGGAUAGGCUUAAACUAUAAAUAAGAAAUCCUGAAAUAAAACGAAUACUGAAUUAAGGAGUAGUCAAUUAAAGUCAGUGCUAUAGAGUCAAAGUUCGCCCGCAGAGGGUAAAUAAACCCAAAUAAGAUAAGUGUCCAAAAUAAAUAAAGUUCGAAGAGUACAUAAGUAGUGGCUUAGACCCACUUCACCGCAGUUCUUGAUGACUUGACUUCGUCCAAUGUCAGGCGGUGUUCCUCCUCGCAAAGAAAACAGGUAAAAUCCUCAGUAAUGUCUCGGUAAUGUUGUCAGCACGUCGAAGACUUGCGGAGUUGGUUUGAGAGGCCUUGUUUUGCUCUCAUGGUUCACAAGUCUUUGUCUUGUUUUCCCGAAGGGAUAUAGUCGCGCUCGCAACUAAACACAAACGAACGUAAAUAAAUGGGUCUUGUCGGCGCUUCAGACGACUUGCAGGGUUAGUUCGAGAAGCCUUGUUUUGCUCUCAUGGUUCGCAAGUUUUGUCUUGCUAUCCCGAAGGAAUGUCAAUGUCCAAGUCGCGUUCGCAAAUAAACACUAAUGUCGAACGUAAAUGCAUUGGUAUUGUCAGUGCUUCAGACGUCCAAGAUCAGUCUAACACGAGCCCUGACUCUUGACUUUUCUUCGCGGAAUGACCAAACUGUCAAAUCAAAUAAAUUAAGGAAAUAAACUUGGAACACGGCACGGGCCUCAUGGUCGCCAUCACCACGUGGUUCGUGACUAAGCUGCUUCCAAGGACGCGCUCGCCAGGCGUGACUUGCAAAAUUCAUGCCACCGUCCUAAAUGCCACUAUGUAGAGCCAUACUCCUUCUCCGUUGGAAGGCCGGGAGAUUAACAGUCCAUAAUCCCACCGCUGGACACCACGCCAUAAGUUUAAAGUGACAAAAAGUCAGGUUUAAUCACCACAGCAAUAAUCCCACUAUGGCGGCCAUGAGGCCCCAGGUCGGGAACGACCUAGACUCUUACACAAGCCCGCUGACCGAACAUCGCGGGCCAACAGCCAUACUGGCGAUUAUUUGGUAAAUCGGAAAAAAAACUUCUCAAUUUGAGUUAUUUUUUCCAGCCAGGAUCAUGCUCGCAAAGUUGAAAAACCCUCGCUUAUUUGCGAGCACUUUCGCAUAAACAUUCGGCCACUGAGAGCAAUAAGGGUCUUCGAGUGGUAUGGUGGUAUCUAAUACGCAUGCGGAGCAGUCUGGGGCCGGUUGCACAAAGCCUGGAUAAGUUAUCCGCCGGAUAGGCGCUAACCGCCGGAUAAAAUCCCUAUCCAGCGAAUAGUUAUCCGGCGGAUAAAAUAGCGUUGCACAAAGCGUGGAUAGAAGGCUGGAUAACUAUCCGCUGAAUAGCCAUCAUUUACCACUAAAUGGCUUCCCGUUUCCAUGGUAAAUAUGCAAGGAGCGCGCUGUUUUUCCUUCAAACAAAAUGGCGACCGUUGAAAAAGUUACUAAAAGUGCCAGAAAAACAAACAGUUCAUCGAGGCAACGUGCAUGUAAAUCAUUGAAUGAUCACAGGGGAUAGUGUUUAGCUUCCUCCUGUCUUUGGGAGUCACAUUUCUUGACAGAACGGACAAUAUAGCUUGAUUCCAGUCCUGCCAAAGCUACAUGUAAGUUCGUAGUUCAUUGUAAAUUUACCAACUGUAAUAUUCGUCGUUUGCAUGUGUUUCAAAUUUCACUGCGUCUAAAAUUAAUCUAAAUUCUGACACAUUUAUUCGGUGGAUAAGAUUUUAUCCGACCUCUAUCAUCCGGAUAACUUUAACCGAUGGAUAACUUUUAUUCGGGCUUUGUGCAAGAAUCACGCCACUCGGAUAAUUUUUAUACGCUGGAUAAGGAUUUAACCGGUGGAUAAGACUUAUCCAGGCUUUGUGCAACCGGCUCCUGGUACCUUGUUUGGCCUCCGUUUGGCCUUGGGUCUUUUCUGCUUUUUCAUGCAUAUACCAAACCACAGGAAGCCCAGGAAGUCGUUUUGAUGCUUGUUCGUUGUUUAGAAUCGGCUGUUCUUUUUAGAGGUAAAACGAGUCGAUUGAAGUAGCGAGUUUUUGUGAAAUGUUGCCAAUAAAAUUACCUUAAAACUUAGAAUGUCUUGUUGUUGUCAAAUGUAUGUCUAAUGACGGUUUGGGGUGGUUUUCUUCGCGAAAUAUACACCUUCACUCACCCCAUAACCGUGUUUUUGACCAAACCAGUUAAUCUUGGUACAAAACCAGUUUUCAACUACGCGUAUUUCUCGUCGAAAACAUUAUCGUCGAUAUGGCUAGAAGCGUGGUUUUCCGCCGUAAAUUGGGACUCAUUCUUGCCCCAAAUUCUUCAUCAUGUUUUUUCAGAAACUUAAUGUUUCAGGGCCGUUGCCAAUCGACGAAAGUGGGUCCAUUUAUGGCAUUACACGAAGACCAAAACGAAAUAUCGUUCGAUGAGUCAGAACGGAUUUUUUAUUCGAAAGAACUCCAAGAGAUCAUCCGUACUCUUUUCGUCUUGAAAAUUUCGUCGUUUGGCCUUAUAGUGCGACAUAGUCUGCCGCUGAUGGAGUUUGGCAAGAAGGUCCUUGGUCAGCAGUUGUUUGAGACUGUUAUGAAGAGGACCAUGUAUAGCCAGUUUGUUGCAGGAGAAGGUUUUGAUGAAGUUAAGAAGACAGCACAACAGCUUCAAAUGCAUGGAAUUCAGUCCAUGUUAUGUGUCCCUACAGAGGAGGACAUCAGCGAAGGCCAGGUAGAACUCAAACUCAGGGAGCCUUUAUUUGAAAGAAAUUAUGAAGUAAUCCAUGACUGCAUCUCAAAAACAGAACAUAAUGGCAAGUCACAAAUGCGUAUUACUGCUGUUUGUAGUCCUGUUUUGCUGCUCAAGCUGACAAACCUGCUACAACCAUAUGAGACUUCUCCAGAUAUUCCAGAAGAGCUUAGUAUAAGGUCAUUUGCUAAAGGACUAGACGCUGAUCUUCCACAUAGCACCCCCCUGACAAGUUUGCUGACACAAGAGGAGAAUACACACCUGGUGAAUACCCUUCAAAGACUGGACAAACUGGCCAAGUACGCAGGUGAACGGAAUGUUCGCCUUGUUAUUGAUGCAGAACAGUCAUACCUGGAGGGCGGCAUCCAUCACUUGAUACUCGCACUUCAGAGCAAAUACAACAAGCAGGGAUCAUGGGUGUACGGCACGUACCAGUGCUAUCGUAAGGAUACCAUGUCCCGAGUACUAAGAGAUCUUCAAGUUAUGUCCACCGAGGGCUUUCACUUUGGCGCAAAAAUCGUCCGUGGCGCUUACCGUCAAAUGGAGGAAAAGAGAGCGCAAGAGAUGGGAUAUGCCAAUCCUAUCCACGACUCGUAUGGUGAUACAUGUGACAUGUAUAAUGACGUCAUGCAAGUUAUUCUAGAAAAAGUCGCCCAGUCUCCCGCUCAGCUCAUGAUCGCCACUCACAACGAAGAUUCCAUCAGCCUUGCUACAAGAAGGAUGGCAAAGCUAUGUCUGCCAAAGACCGGUAGGGUGUCGUUUGCACAGGUUUACGGCAUGUGUGACCAUGCGUCCUUUGUUUUAGGUAAGAAAGGUUUUGAUGUGUACAAGUCUGUCCCAUGUGGUCCGGUGGGCACCACUCUACCAUAUCUCGCCAGACGCGUUGUUGAGAACAGUGACAUAUUCGCAAGGGCCGCCAAAGAGCGAGCACUUUACUGGCAGGAGAUAAGCAACCGCCUCCGUGGGGUUUUGCAGUGGCACGUCCAAUAGAAACUUUUCAGUUUUGCGGUGAUACCUUAAACUGUGUUAAAGACCAAUGCUCGGGCACCCAGGAUUCUUUGAGGUCGUCGAAAAGAGGACAACCGCGCUGGAUGCUCGAGUAUGCUGUUGUUUCGCAUAUUGUGUACUGUUUCCGUAAUGUGUAUAGAUAUUUUUGUAGAAAAAAAAAACAAGACAAUAAGCUAUUAAAAAUCAAGAAUUGUAGAUAUUGUUUGUAUAAAGUAAGUCCCUAAAAGUCUCGAAACAAAGGCAAGACAUCCAAGUUUCUCUUGUGAAGAUGGAUAACUUGUAUGGAUAACUUAUUGCCUUUCGCGUGUGCCCAGCAUGCCCGCCUUGUUUGCGUAUGUAAUUUAGCACUGAUGUGCCCAUCUCCAUCUUAUUGGUAAAUAACUGAAACAUGUAAAUGAGAAAAAAAUAAAGAAAGAAACAAAUAACUGAUAACAUA